CACACACACACACACACACACACACACACACACACACACACACACAUACAUACAUACAUACAUACAUGCUGAUUCAUUCAGCUACUCCUUCACUCGCCCUUUCCUGGCCCUAUCUGCUGCUUUAGCUGUAGGGGGCGGGAGGCAGGCGUAACCCAUCAAAUCCAGACGCUCUACAUAAACCCCAUUCACAUCUGUGUUUCAGCUGUUCUUGUGCUGCACUGAGAAUACUGAUUCCUUCCACGUUGAAUACAGGAAUCCUCUCCUCUCACAACCCAGAAUCCUAGGAUUGAUACUACAGCAGCUCUUUAAUAAAGAUGACACCCACUGUGACUCUCAACACCGGGGCCAGCAUGCCUAUCGUGGGCUUGGGGACAUGGGGGGCAGAAGCAGGCGAGGUCACGGAGGCAGUGAAAGCAGCAAUCUCUGCAGGCUACAGACACAUAGACGGAGCCUACUGUUACCAGAAUGAGGACAUGGUGGGAGUUGGCAUUCACACCAUGAUUGGCCAGGGGGUGGUGAAGAGAGAGGAGCUUUUCAUCGUCAGUAAGCUGUGGUGUACUCUCCAUCAGAAGUCUAUGGUGAAGGGAGCCUGUCAGAAGACUCUGAGUGACCUCAAGCUAGACUACCUGGACCUCUACCUAAUACACUUCCCUAUGUGCUUUCAGCCUGGAGAGAAUCUAUUUCCUUUUGGUGAAGACGGACAGGUAGCCGCAGGUGAAAGCAACUUCCUGGACACUUGGGAGGCUAUGGAGGAGCUGGUGGAUGCUGGUCUGGUCAAGGCUAUCGGUGUCUCCAACUUUAACAAAGACCAGAUUGAAUCCAUCCUAAACAAGCCAGGCCUCAAGUAUAAACCUGCCAACAACCAGAUUGAAUGCCACCCCUAUCUGACUCAGGAGAAGCUGAUCAACUACUGUCACUCUAAAGGCAUCUCAGUGACAGCCUACAGCCCUCUGGGCUCCCCAGACAGACCAAGGGCGAAACCUGGUGAGCCGCAACUGCUUGAGGACCCAAAGUUAAAGACCAUCGCUGAUAAGCACAAUAAGACUCCAGCACAGAUCCUUAUCCGCUUUCAAAUCCAGAGGAAUGUGAUCGUCAUUCCCAAGUCGGCUACGCCCUCCCGGAUCAAGGAAAAUUUUCAGGUGUUCGACUUCGAGCUGAAUGAUGAAGACAUGAAAGUCAUCUUGAGUUUCAACAGGAACAUGAGAGGAUUCGCUAUGAAAUGGGGCAACAAGCACAAAGACUUCCCUCUGCAUGCAGAAUACUGAAACCUCCGUGUGGACACCCACAUCCCUACACUGGGGACAUACGGCGAGAGGUUCAGUAGUUGUACAGAUUCAACCACUACUGUGACCUUGUUCAUGAGGCAAACAGAAUGUCAAUGUGUAAUGUAAUACGUGCCAGAUAUUGUUGCCUUUACUUGUUCAGAGUUGAACCAUGUUGUACAUUUACCUACAUGUUGGGAAGUGCCUUUGAACGCAUGGUGUCCCUGUGCUCCUUGUUGUAAUGUAACAUUAUAUUAAUAAUUCCUUCGGCAGUGAUCUUUAGAGAUAUCUCAACCAAUAUGUUAAACAUUGACAGCUUACACAGUAAAAUGUGACUCAUUCCAGAAUUUCAAAGAAAAUUAUCAUAAAUAAAACUGUUCGAGGGGAACUGGGAAUUUCACAA